AUGCCCCGAAAAAUCGAGGAAAUAAAAGACUUCCCGCUCACAGCCAGGCGAAAAGAUGCCAAAUCUGUCAAGAUCAAGAAAAACAAGGGCAAUGCGAAGUUUAAGGUUCGCUGCAGCAGGUACCUGUACACACUGGUCAUCGCAGACAAAGAGAAGGCAGAGAAACUUAAACAGUCCCUGCCUCCUGGUUUGGCUGUGAAGGAACCAUUCAAUGUUCUACCUCCGCCGUCCCUAGGGAAGACGCUCAUCCCCUCUGUCACCAGCACCGCUGUGACAACUUUUAGAUGGGUGUACAUCCUCACCCAGCUGUGGCCCACUGCAACCCUAACCUCCACACAUGCCAAACACUGA